AUGAUUAAUAAUGAAAAACGAACAUCAGCUGCUAAACUUGUUAAUCAAUUAUAUUUUUUUCCCAUUAGAUAUAUACUAAAUAUGGAUGGUACGAUAAAAGGUGAUGAUGAAUCACGUAUUAGUGUUAAAUAUGCUAUACCAAUAUGUCUAUCAUAUUUAUCAACAAUUUGUUAUGCAUUUACAAUUAUAGGAAUUGAAUUAUUAGAAGAUUCUAUUCAACAUAGUACAAGUUCUUAUGUUCUUGCUAAAUUUGCUCUAGCUCAACUUAUAGAUGACAUUGAUUUUCGAAUAUUAACUUAUCUUGAAUAA